AUGAAAAGACAGUUUUAUAUAUUAGUGCCAGUUAUUUUCCUACUAGACAUCACUUAUUCGCUGGAAGCCCUGGAUGACUUCGAAAUCCCUGUGGAAAUAACCACAUUACGUGAUAACAAGAAUAUUUUUGGUCCUGUGCAGCUGAAGGGAAGGACUCGCAUCGAGGGAAGGACUCGUCAAGUGCGAACAUUGCUCGAUACAACAAACCGUACGGGAAAAAUGAUUGAAAACUAUUGCUGUUUCUGGAUUUACCAGGCCCAUCCCCCCAUUCCGCACACCUGGAAGCAUAUGGCCGAAUAUCCAUUUGACUUCCAAUUCAAUGGCCAGUUUGUGAAGAAUCAACGACAUAACGAAAUUGAAGUACCCGAAAGUAAAGGUGAUUGACCAUCCUAAUUACUUUCUAAAUGAUCGGAGGUGCCUAAAAUAUUCUGAUAAUUGAAACGCCAAAGGAUUUCCUUUGUAUUAUGAUGGCCAUUCAAUCACAUUUGAUUUAAUACUUGUCAGAAGCAUUUAAAAAUAUUUUGAAAAUGUAUUGACAGUUUAGUAAAUGCCUAAAUAAUAUUUUCUGCA